AUGAUUCUACGAAAGGCCCUCCCGUCCAUCCUCCUCGCCCCCAUCAUCCUCCUAAUCCUCCCCUCCCUCACAGCCGCCCAAUUCCAAUUCUUCAACAACUUCUUCGAAGGCCAGCAACAACAACCCCAGGAGAAGCAGAACGUCGCGUCCGAUUCAGGCUGGUAUCAGCAGGUGGUUGAGAAUGGUACGAAAUAUAUCCAACUAACCGCUCACCUUCUUUGCCCCUCAAUCUGCGCUCUUCCCCAUCUCCUUUCCUGCAAAACCACGCCCUUUCUUGCUCCUCAUCUCUACCGUUCCGAUUCCGGACUACAUUCUCACAGAAAUAUAGCCCACUGCACGCACUAUCUCUGCCCUGGCACCCUAGCCUGCGUGCACUUCCCACACCACUGCCCCUGCGCCUACCCCUCAGUAGAAGACAAGGUUGAAUUGGGUGAUGGAAUAGCAAUCUGCGCCAGCAAAGGUGGCUACAAAGCUGGAGAGACGGCUCGAAAGAUCGAAUUAGCUAGGAAGGGGCUACUGUAG